UCCUGUUUCACGGCCUGGGCCAAGUCCUCUCAAGUCCCAGAUGUCCGGUUCCAGAUGCCUGUUCUCAGAGUGGGGGAACCAUCUCUGGGGAAGCCCCCACUCCACAAGCUGCCCAGGCAAGAUGUGGUGGCUGCUCCUCUGGGGAGUCCUCCAGGCUUGCCCCACACAGGGCUCCGUGCUCUUGGCCCAGCAGUUACCCCAGAAGCUGACAUCCCCCGGGUACCCAGAGCCCUACCUCAAAGGCCAACAGAGCUCCAUUGACAUCAAGGCUCCAGAGGGCUUUGCCGUGAGGCUCGUCUUCCAAGACUUUGACCUGGAGCCAUCCCAGGACUGUGAGCGGGACUCUGUCACAAUCACAGCCAGUGGGAUGGAUCCAAGCCAGUUCUGUGGGCAGCAGGGCUCCCCACUGAGCAGCCCCCCUGGUCAGAAGGAGUUUGUGUCCUCGAGCAGUCUGCGGCUGACCUUCCGUGCACCUGCCUCCUCUGAGGACAGGACCACUCACCUCCACAAGGGCUUCCUGGCCCUCUACCAAGCCGUGGGUAUGAACCACAGUCGGCCUAUGAGCCAGGCCAAUGGGGGCUCUGAGGCCACACACACACCUGGAGACAACCCCUCCAAGAUCCAGAACCACUGCCAGGAGCCCUAUUAUCAGGCAGUGCCAGCAGGGACUCUCGGCUGCACAUCACAGGGCCCCUGGAAGGAGACACAGGACAGCAAAGAGGCUCCUCACUGUGUGCCUGUCUGUGGACGGCCAGUCACUCCCAUCACCCACAACCAGGAUGUCCUUGGAUCUUCCAGAGCUAAGCUGGGCAACUUUCCCUGGCAAGCCUUCACCAGUAUCUACGGCCGUGGGGGUGGGGCCCUGCUGGGCGACAGAUGGAUCCUCACCGCUGCCCACACCAUCUACCCCAAGGACAGCAUCUUUCCUGGGAAGAACCGGAGCGUGAAUGUGUUCCUGGGCCACACGAACAUAGAUGAGAUGCUGAAACUGGGGAACCAUCCUGUGCGCCGCGUGGUGGUGCACCCAGACUACCGUCAGAACGAGUCCCACAACUUCAAUGGGGACAUUGCCCUCCUGGAGCUCCAGCACAGUGUCCCUCUUGGCCCCAGCCUCCUCCCAAUCUGUCUGCCUGACAGCGAGACCCUCUACGUCAGCGGCUUGUGGGGCUAUGUCAGCGGGUUUGGUGUGGAGAUGGGCUGGCUAACUACUGAGUUGAAAUACUCAAGGCUGCCUGUAGCCCCAAGGGAGGCCUGCAAGGCCUGGCUCCAAGAGAAGCAGAGGACCGAGGUGUUUUCUGACAACAUGUUCUGUGUUGGGGAUAAGAUGCGGCCCCAGAGUGUCUGCCAGGGGGACAGUGGUGGCGUCUAUGUGGUUUGGGAUGAUCGCGCCCAUCACUGGGUGGCCACAGGCAUCGUAUCCUGGGGCAUUGGGUGUGGCAAAGGGUACGGCUUCUAUACCAAAGUGCUCAACUACAUGGACUGGAUCAAGGGAGUGAUGGACGGGAAGGACUGACCCUGGGGGCACUUGAGCACGGACAUCAGCACUGUGGGGGCCCAGACAGGAGACAGGUUGGGAGUGAGGACUGAGCCCUGGGGGGGGGGGGGGGGGCAGGCAGUCCCUAUUCAGGUCACUGCUGCAGCAAUCCACUGUGUGAGAGAAAUCCUCCACUCAAGCCCUGCACCACCCAAGACAGGAGGUGGGGUCCCACGGCCCCUCCUCAUCCUCUCCCCUCCUGUGCAUUUGCACUAUGCCCAGAGAAGCCCUGUACACCUAAGGAGUUUCAUUUUGAACUUCACCUCCUGCUGACACAGCUUCUUCUGUACUCUCCUGGGAGACAGUCCCCCUCCCAUCCCCUGUUCAAGUGGAGCCGGGGGCAAGUGGUCUUAGUUGCAUUUCAUUUCUGAACCGUCCGUCCCAAAGCCCCUUGAGUUGGUUUCACCAUUUACCACAAUUCCUAGCUGCAAUUAUACUAACAGCUCGUUUUUUGUUUUCCAUCUUCUGUAUACGAGGCACUUCACAUUUGUUAUUUCAUUGACUCCUCACACCAAGUUUGCAAAGGAUGUGUUACUAUCCACAUUUUACAAAUGAGGAAUCUGAAGCUCAAGGAGAAAAAGUGACUUGCCCUCAUCCCACAGCUGAUGCAGGACUGCGAGGCCGUGUGCUUUCCAGUACUCCUUGAUGCCUCUCCGUUGUCCUCAGGACCUGCUGUAUCGCCCAUUUCCCCUUCCCAAUCCCUACAACCUUUCAGGUUCUCCUGCCCCCGGAGUUCCUGCUGCGAUGAACAUGACAACACCUGGCCCACACUCCCCUGCUGGCCCCAUCCCCUGCAGACACCCCCCCUUGCUCUGGACACGCCGGUCUGUGCCCCCACCACUGAGUGCACUGCUCCACCUUAGAAGGCCAACUCUUGAAUUCUUAGUAGGACUUGAGGUGAUUGCAAACAAAAGAUGCAAAUAAAAUACAGUUGUUCAAAUGGAAAUAGAAAAUGAAUAGCAUAAAACAGAGCAAAUUUGCUAGCAUUGAAGGUCAAGUUAGUCAUGUAAUUCGAGGUUAAAUUUAUCUUGAAAAAUAGCAGGAUUCAAAUUUGCACAUGCAUGUGGUUACUUCUAUUUUUUAAACCUAUACAUAGUACAAAAGACUAUUAAAAAUACUGUAAAAUAUUAA